UGUCCUCGCUAGGAAAGGUCACCUUGGGUGGUCCGCAGGCAGAAAAACAACUGAUAAGACGAUAAGAACCCAUGAAGGCAUCACGUGAAGUACCCUCUCGAGCCUAGGAAAGAGAUAAUUAUCUCUUUCCUAGUCACCGUGAUGUGACUAGCUCACAUAGGGCACAUAGACGUUGUAAUAUAUAAUCUUUUCCCCUUCUAGCUUAAUUGAUACAUAUUAUAAUACACAUUUUUAUAUUUGUGCAGUUUUGAAACCUAUAGCUCCCGUUGAUGGUCCUCUAUUCGACAGAAAAUAAUUUUUUUUUUUGUUAUGUUAAACCGGUAGGGCCCUGCUGUAGGUGAAACUAACCCUGAAUGACAUUACUGACAUGCCAUUUAAAAGUCAGACUACGGACACUUUAUGAAUACGUUGUGGAGGCGAUCUUCAACACAACGCAGUGACGAGCAUGGAUUUAUGAACGCCAAUCGUUGUUAGAAAGCAUGCAGCAAGCCCUGUAUGGAAUGUGAGACAACACAGUUUACACCACACUUGUGACCACACCAUGCAAGAUCACCAUGAGAAUGUCUCGUAAGUCACAUGGCACAUUGCAGGUGGGCCAUGGGUCCGGCGUGGGAACAUCGACGACGAUCGUAACUGAAGUGUUCGGCGGAGCCAGGGCACGAUGAGCGAAGGGUACAAAGACUGACACGUGAUCUAUCUGGUGCUUGAAAGAAGUACUGAAGAAAAAGCAAGUACUCGUUCAACCACCCGUCAACACGUGCCAUCACAGCGAGGGCUCCCAGGGAGGUCACAUUCUUGCACACGGUUGUAACGCCCAAUAAGAGACGAUGACGACCGUUGGGAUACAUAAAUCAGCGCUGGAGCUCCACAAACUCCUUGAACGAGCAGUCCUUACGUCCUACUACGACAAAUUCAUCGAGAUAGGCGGGGACAAUGUGCAGCAGCUUCGUGACUCCAGCGGACACGAUUUCCAGGAGUUGAUCAACAUGGUAGAUAUGGCCAGAAAGCCACCUCACGUCAAGAGGUUCAAGAAAGCCCUGGCAGAGUGGAAACCAGACACAGUUGCAGCAACGUCCACCCCAGCGGAUGGAGCAGAAGGGGAGCUUCACAAGCUACUUGGAGGAGCGGAUCUUCUCUCCUACCACGACAAGUUCAUGGAGAUAGGCGGUGACAAUGUUCAGCAGCUUUUUGACUCGACGGCGGGCGAUUUCCAGGAAGUGAUUGGCCUUGUUGAUAUGGUUACAAAGCCAUUUCACAUCAAGAGACUAAAGAAAGCACUGGGCCAGUGGACAGGACCGUCAGUCACGGUGACGUCCAGUGCAGCCAACGAAUCAGAAGAGGAACUUCACGUAUUACUUCGACUAGCGGAUCUUCUCUCCUACCACGACAAGUUCAUCCAACAAGGCAAAGACAAUGUGCAGCGGCUUUGUGACUCAAGCGACGAAGAGUUCCAGACACUCGUCGAGCACGUAGGCAUGGCCAGAAAGCCCCUUCACGUGAAACGAUUGAAGAACGCACUCAAACAGUGCUCAGGCCAUGCAGCCGUAAUGACGUCCAUUCCUUCAAACGAGUCGGAGCGUGAAGUUCACGAACUGCUUCAGCGAGCAGAUCUCCUCGCCUACUACGACAAGUUCAUCGAGAAAGGCGUAGACAAUGUCCAGCAGCUUUUUGACUCGACGGCAGAAGAGUUCCAGGAGUUCAUGGAUCUUGUUGGCAUGUCCGGAUUUCCUUUUCAACUGAUGAGGUUCCAGAACGAACUGGAACAGUGGACAGGACACCCAGUCGCAAUGACGUCCGUUCCGGCAACAAAACCGAGACUCUCGGAGAUUCACCACCUCCUUGAACCAGCGGGUCUCCUCUCUUACUGCGAGAAAUUCGAGGAAAUAGGCAUGGACAAUGUGCAGCAGCUUCGCGACUUGACUGACGAAAAGUUCCACGAGGUCAUCAACCGGGUAGACAUGGCCAGGAAGCCGUUUCAUGUAAAGAAACUCAAGAAGGUACUCGAAGAAUGGACGGGGCCCACAGGAAUACCACGCUUCAUCUCCAAGGACAUGGCUUCGACACCUGAAUUCGAUCUCAACAUGGAAAGGUCGCCACAGUGGGAAGACGUCAGGAAGGAAAUGCACGAAGCCAUUGCGGCGAAAGACGAGGCUCGUGUUCUAAAGUGCCUGGAUGCCGUGCCUGCAUUGAAACUGUGGUUGGACCCUGUGGAAGAUAAGUCAGCUCGUUACAGAGCUGUUCAAAAGAAAGCCAUCCGUAUACAUGGCCUCUUAGUCUCGCGUGGAUGUGGACUCAAGAACAAGAAAGAAUCAUCGUGUUACAAAGGUCUCACACCCCUUGAAAAAGCUGAAAUACGACGGCAACGACAUUACACCACAGAAUGCGAUGGCUCUUACAUCGACUAUUUGAAAAGCAAAUCAAGGCACGUCGGAUGUGAUGACUUCGAGGAGCGAUUGGAGCAGAUGUUCAGGGAACUUUCAACCGACCAAUUAAACGAGAAAAUAUUGAAAGUUGUUGCCACAGCACCGCAUCUGGAUAUACUAUUCGACUACAACAGUGAAAACGUUCAGGGGAUCACGGGUUGCAGCGGCAGCCGCGACCUCGGACUUGCUACCUGCGAAGAGCAAAGAAUUUUUAUCGGAGGUAGAGGAACGGAAGCCGAAGUCCGGGGCACGUUUAUUCACGAAUCUUGUCAUUUGGCACUUCAUCUGGUGUAUAAAAAUGAUGGCAAGCCAUAUUUACGCGAAGAUACAGAAGUGGAACUGCGAUACAGAGCCAUUCUGGAUGACAUAAAACGAAGAAAAAACGAUGUGGAUCUCUUGAUACGGCUAGCUUUGAACACAAGUGAAGAACAAGAAGCGAUUGUUCGUAUCCCACACAUACUAACUCAAUAUGGCAGCGAUCAUGGAAAUAGGGUUCUCGAAAAGGAGGUACCAGAACUACGAAAGUUUUUCGAGGAUACUGUCAUCCCUGACAUGCAGAAGUACAUUCAAAAUGGAAUCCCAUCGUUAGAUGCGAGAAUGAUAGAAAAGGAAAACGCGAGACUCAACAAAGCUUUCAACAUUGACAAACUCAAUGUGAAAUUCGAGAACCAACUGAAGAGCAGUGCCUGGGAAAACGGGUUGCUUCACGUAGUUACGAGCCCAGAACUGAGGCUUCUCGAAAUAAUGGUUCACAACGCUGUGCGAUCUACGGGACUUCCGUACAUGUUUUUCGAUGCAAAACAGCUGGACUCCGCACUGGAGGAUGUGUUACUAGACUACAAAUAUGCUUUUGCGCUUGUAACGGUCCAUCCAAAGGAAGACGUCCAAAAGAUGAUUCAGCUAUUCGGUGAAGUAUCCUGUGUCACUGGAUCGAAAGUCAUCUUGCUCGUGGAAGACAGUGGUAAAGACAACUUGGUGAAGCAAGUGCAAGAAGAUGCAUUCUUUGGCGAGAGGCACAAAGUUCAUAGGAUCGACGAAGCAAGCUUUGCGCAUGUCACGAAUAGCUGCAAAAAAUGGAUUUUCGAAAAUUCCCGCAUAAAACUUCAGGGCCAAGACGUUUCUAAGCUUUCCGACGCAACGAAUAUAGAUACCUUCUUACGCUGCGUAGACACUGCGGUUUUCCUAAAGCUAUGUGAGUCGGGGAACAUUGACCUGGGACCUCCUCUUCAUGAACUAGAAGAACGUGUUAAAAACUAUUAUGUGGAAAGGGAGUGUAGAAGAGCCGUGGAAAUUAACUUGAAAGAAUGCAAUCUAAAAGACGACAGUGAGGCAUUCGCAUUUCUGGGCUGUCCACACAAUCAGGUCGCAACACUUCUACCUCGCGGUUGUGUGGCAAAGGCCAAGGAGGAAUUAACGAAGUUCGAGAAAUUCGUACUCCUCCAAGAGCCACGUGACUACGAAGCUCUCCUGGAAGAUGGUCAUUUCCGAGACAAAGUAGUGCACCUGCUAAAGUUCGACGAAUCUCGUACUAGACCCUUGUGGUCCAAAUCAAAUGGUCGUCUCAGUCACCUUCCAUUGACGGGAAGUGAGAGUUACACCGAGGACGCGUUGUUGAAAGUAGACGAGAAGGUUGUCAUCGUCUCCGGUGUAUCAGGAAUGGGAAAGAGUACUCUAGCAAAGCGCUUGUGCAGAGAAGUAAAAAAUCCAGAUGAAAACCGGUGGGUGCUCUACGUCGACCUUCCUCAGAGAAUGGCAUCUGUUAAAACAACGUCGCCGAGAAAAACGGAUAUGUGCAAGUAUCUAGCGGAUCUAUGCCAAGUACAAAAAGAUGGUCUGGAGUUCACUUUGUUCGAGGAAAGUUUGAACGUCGGAAGCCCUUUCAAGAUUGUCUUCAUCUUGGAUGCCUUCGAUGAACUGAACGAGAGAUGCCGCAAUUGCGUCUUGGAGCUUACAUCGUUUAUAUCUGAAAAGAAAGCUCACAAGAUAUAUAUGUUUACUCGUGCUGUAUUUAAGUCCCAUGCACAAGAUGCUCUGCACACGGUGUCAUAUGAACUCCUUCCUUUCUCAGACGAAAACCAGGAGGAGUUCAUUAGAAAAUAUGAGGAAACAGCUCAUUCAAGCAAUGAAAAUACUGGAGUCUCCAAGCUGUUCCAGCGACUGCACAUGUCGUUGAAGAAGACAAACAAGACAAUCCUAGAAAACCCUCUCCUGCUUCGUAUGAUCCUUGAAAUGAAGAAUGGGGAGAUUGCAGAGUCUGACGAUUACUGCUCGUUACUUAAACGUGCAAACAUUUCAGAUGAUAGAAACUUAUACAUUGUACACGUCUACAGGCUGUUUGUGUGGUACAAGUACCUUAUAUUCAGAAUUGAAAAAAGAAAAGAAAAUCUCCGUCUACACGCCGUGCAAGAGGAGGAUGACGCCGCAGCGCUUCAAUUUUACAAAAACCAUGAACUCCUCGCUAUGAAGUGUAUAUUUCCUCAGGAAACCUUGAAAUACUUAUUGAACAAAGACGAAUUAGAGAAGUUAGAGCCCGAAGGACGUUUAAUGAAAGACGCAGCUAAUAACAGUCUCAAAGAAGGUUUUCUGAAUGGUCUUAACAACGGAAUUCCAGAGUUCGUUCAUAAGACUUUCGCUGAAUUCUUUGCAGCCGAUUACCUACUGGAAAAGGCGAAAGUAAGACAAAAUUUCGACGUGAGGGAUGUCAUUGUCAAUCUGUACCGUGAAGAAGAAUACGGCGGUGUAAUGAUGUUGUUCGACGCACUGGCAUCGUACUCCUUUCCCCUUCACUCUGCUGUGAUGAACAAUGACGCUUCAUAUUUUGAGCGACGCGUUAUCCAAAAACAGGAUAUGUUGAAAGUCGAUAGGCUCGAAAGGACGCCACUGCACUUAGGAGCCCUGCAUUCUGAUGAAGCAACAUUGAAGAAGCUUCAAAUGGGUGAUGAGCUAAUCCAGAAGGAUUUGUUUCAAAUGUCACCGUUUGGAUACGCAGAGCUGCGGUCUCCAUGGGACGCAAAAUACGCUAGGGAGUGGAUGGAAUGCUUGCGGACUGAGACUUCGGCUGCGGGAGACAGACUCAACGUGUUAUGCGCUCGAUACAGUGAGCAAGCAGUGAAACGUUCUACCGAAAAUCUACGCACAUGUGAAACCUUGGAGCAAAAGAGACAGUUUCUUGAACGAGCAAUAUUGACGGCUGUGAUACACGACCUACGAGGCGUUUUAGACGUGUAUCUGAGCUAUGUGUCCCCGAGAGAGAGUACAGUAGAUCUGCACAGAGACAUCAUGGACCAAUUAGAAUCACGCAAGGAACGAAGCUCGAAAUGUUCUGCAGAGUCUUCGCUACAAAGGAGAAACGUGCUUAGACGUUGUUUGGACAAGUUGGACAUAUGGGAAGAGUUCGGAGUCCAACGUUGUGAGGUGUCUCAUCCCACACUCGCUCGUGAACUCACCUGA